AGAUUAAUCGAACACACCCCUCCUGGACACCCGGACUUUCCAUUGCUGAAGGAGGCAGAGAAAGUGAUGCAUGACUUUGCCAUCAAACUUGGUACAGUCAACGAAAGCCAACACGAGGAGGAUCAACAAGCCACGCUAAAGAGGCUGGAACUCUUACUAAUUACUGAUCUGGCUGUGCCAGAUAGACAGUACAUAAGGCAUGACAUGGUUCAAAUAAUGAGUAAAAAAGACCAGUGGUGUAUAUGGACUUUCUCUGAUCUCAUUAUUAUAAGUAGUCUCAAGAGGCGGAGUGGGCCUGUCACACGCAAAUCCAUUAUCUUAAAAUCCACUACUGGCCAAGAUUUUACAGAAAAUAUUAAACAUAAAGUAUGGCUGAAAGUUGGCCUAGAUGCUGUAGAAAUUGUUAAAAGUCCCACAAACCUGUCCCGGAGGAACUUAGUGGACCCUGAACAGCUGGAGGAGGACAUUGGUUUUUUGAAUGAAAUCAGUGAUCUCACUAAUCGCCUUAAUUGCCCUCAUUCUAGUCUUGAAGAAAUUGUCAAAGAUAUGUUAUCAACACUAAAUAAGCAACUAUCAGAAGCCAUGUUGCGCAAUCCAACUGCCGAGUCUAAUAAAGUGGAUAUUCUAGUCACAACACAAGAAGCUAUUUACCCAUUAGAAAUUAUGUUCAGCUCUGGAGAAAAGAGGAUAGCCUGGGAGGCUGCAGUCAGUGAAGCUAAACAGAAACUAGCUCAGAUGUUUGAUAAGAGAGCUCCAGAAUUUUUGACACCAUUACCCAUCACAAAGACGAGAGCAGGAAUGCAGUUUUCCUGUGCAGCUCCAAUUGAUGGGGUGAACAACUCAGGUUAUCGUGAGGUGUGGGUAUGUAAUAGUGAUGGAUACGUGGGGCACAUGUGUCUCCUAAGCUUACAGCCAGAGCCAAUCGUCACCCUCAACACUCCCGUCCCCGGCUGUAAUGCCAGAAUUCUCUGUAUCUGUGCUGUCCCAGCAUACAGUGGGAACUUUCGCAGGAAAAGCAGUGGUAAGAGGCACCAGCACCCUGUGAUUUCUCAACACCCUGUGAUAGCAAGUGUGUCCGAGGACAGUCCUCAAAUCAGUAUUGAUGAUACAGAGGAGGGCACUGAGGAUGGGACAGAGGAGGAGGAAGAGGAGAAGUCCAUUGAGGACAAGUCCGAUUCUGAAUCCGAGUCCAGUGAUGAGGAGACAGAGACUCCCUUCCCUAGUAUGAAUGAAAACAAUGAGGACCCUAUGUCUGUUGAUGAUGAGGAAGGGAAAAUCCCACCUCCUGCAGACCUGCCUGCUCCUACCCCUGAUCCAGUUUCUCCUAAUCCAGAUCCAGUUAGCAGUAAUCCUGAUCCUAUAAUUGCUGGUAGCUGGAUUCAGGACUCACUUAAAAGCACCAUGUGGUUGGGAACAGAGGAUGGAUGCAUCCAUGUAUUCCAAUGUACAGAUAAUAUUAAAACAACAAAGAAUAAAUUAAAAAUACAUCAUGAAUCACCCGUUUAUUGUAUAGUAUAUUUAGACAACAAGGUAUUUGCUUCCUUAGCUAAUGGAGAUUUAAUAGUGUAUAAAAGAGAUAGUGAGGGAAUAUGGGAUGCAGAGAAUCCAUAUACCAGAAGUAUUGGGACGGCCCAGAGUCCUAUAAAUAAGAUGUUAGCUGUUGCUGGUAAAUUGUGGUGUGGCUGUCAAAAUGUUAUGAAGGUCAUCAACCCCCUUACAUUAAGUACAGAGACUUCUUUCCAAGCGACAUCAGAUUCGGAGCGCUGUAUCCAGUGUUUAGUGUGUUCAGGACAGGGAGUAUGGAUGGCCACUCAACAGAGCUCCAAACUCCUCCUGUACCACGCCACUUCCUAUGAAUUCCUUCUUGAAGUUAGUAUAGCCCAAGCAGUGGCCCAGAAACUUCAAUCUGCUGAUGACAUAAUACGCCAACAUAAAGCUGCCUGUUUACGGAUCACAGCCCUGAUGGUCUGUAAGGACCUGUUGUGGGUGGGGACGAGUGCUGGAGUGAUACUGACUAUCACAAUGCCUCGUAUCACAUCCACAACAACUAGGGGGUCAAUCCCGGCCCCCACUGUUACAGGGUUAGUCAACGGUCAUACAGGGCAUGUGAGAUUUUUAACGUGUGUAGAAAUGACAGUUACUCCUCCUACUGUUAAAGUGGAAGGCGGGGAGGAAGAAGACGGUAUUAGUGAAAACUUAGCGUUACAUGGAAUACACAGACGUUCAUCCAUGGCAGCUACGACUACACUGGCUUCGCGAAUGUUAGUGAUCAGUGGAGGUGAUGGGUAUGAGGACUUCAGAAAUAAUGCGGCCAAUGAGUCAGCGGGCCGCGACGAUAGCACGAAUCAUCUACUGAUCUGGCAAGUGUGACCAAGUCAGAAGUAGCUGCUGAUGUUUGAAUUAUUGUGUACUGUGAUUGGAUGUUACCAUGGUUACUGUGAUCUGUCAUUUGUACAAAGUGAUUUGAAUAUAUACAUAUGUAUAUAGAGUAUGUGAGAGUUUUUGCAGAGAAAAUGUAAGGUACAUUGUAUUAAUAUAUGCAUUUGGAUGUAUUUAGUGCAGUGUGAAAAUUCAAAAAUAUGACUGAUUUACAGCAAUAUAAAACAUGAUUCAGUUUCACCAUUGUAAUUUAAUGUCUUUUAUAUGAGGACAGUAUUUUGAGGAAGUGCCUACAGAAUUUAUCCAAAUUUUUAAUAUAAUUAUGUACAUUAAACAUACAAGUCAUUUGUUGGUGCUAUUUAGAGAUUUACAGUCUUUUGACUGUGAGUUUGAAAUCAGAGUUUUAAUGUUAUACUAACAAUCCAUCCACUUUGCAGUACAUUAAGGAUUUAACUACCCUAGUAGGAUUUAAUAGAGAUUGAUGUUACUUGUUUAAAAUCUACAGUUAUAAAUCUAGUUGUUAUCUUUUUUAAAUAUUUAUGAGUAAGUCCCCAACUACAGGUAGUAUUCAAAAUGGCAAGUUUUUACAGUAUAUUUCAUUUUGUGAGUUUCAGUAUUAAAUAAAUGUGACAUGAAGAUGCUAGUAAUAUGUUCUGGAGAGAUUUUUUUUGGGUCGGGGGAUUUUGAAAGAUCUUUUGCAUAAACUUUUAUGAUUUGUAUUUAUUUUUGGUUUAACAGGACAGAAAUCUGUCAUUUUAUUUUCAUAUUAAAGAAGAUGAAAUUUUAAAACAAAUUACUUUUAUGAACAAGAAAUAUUUUUAAAUACAUAUGCCAUCAUGCAUUCAUAUGAAGUGGUAACCAUACUCUCAAAUGCAUUGAAAAGUACAGAAUUGGCUAAAUUCAACUCUGGAAAUAAGAUUGCUUUGAAAAUAAUUAUUGAUGAUGGUAUUUCUGAGGAAAAAAAUGUAAUGAUUAAAAGUUUUACUUAAAAAAUGCUUGGUGCUAUUUCUGUCUGUAAAAGAUCUACUAUGUAUUCUUUUUUAAAUAAUAUUAAUAUCGUAUCAGUGCUGGUUUUGUUUUAUUUUUUUUAUUUGACCAAGGUAAAACAUAUAACUGUUCAAUUAUAUUAUGACUGUAGCCUCAAAACUGUGUGCCAGUUCAUGUCUUAUAUUUACUGAAGUUUACAGUCCCCUUUUAUGCAGCAUAAUAAUUCUGUUAAUGUUUAACUUACAAAUGACAGGUUAAUAUUUGUAAUAUUAUAAGGUGAUGAUGCAGACAUAUUUAAUACUUUGAUAGCAAUAAUUUGCUAAAAAACUAUGCAUUUCUUGUGUGUGCCUGACAUUUUUCGUAUCUUUAAAAAUUAAUAAGUUAUUUUAUUUGUUAAAAAUUAGUCCAUCACAAACAAUGAACUGAAGAAUAGAAAAUAAUAAUGCCACAAAACACUGUGAUAGAAUUGAGAUAUUAAUGUUCAAAUUUUAAUUGAAUUUCAAUAAUAUUUGUUGAAAUCAAACUGUGACUGUUCCUUUUUUUGUAUUCUUCCAAGUUCAGAUUAUUUUAAUAUUUUAAAAACAGAAAGCAUGUUCACAUGUUAUUUAAUAUUUUGAAUUGUUACUUGCUUUACCAAAGACUUCAAAGGUAUGAGGUACCUUUGUGAACUCUACUGUAAGCAUUUCUGAUUCAGUAUAUGAAUGUAUGAGUGGUUUUUUUUUUUAAAAUUCAUUUAUUUCACCCUGUUAUGUAUGAAAUAUACAAGAUGUAGAUCUUUGUUUAAACAUAUGAUGAAGAGUGUUAUUUCAGUUGGCUUUUAUUUAUAUCUGAUAAAAAUAACAAUACAUGUUUGUAUGUAUGUUUGUAAUAUAAUUUUUAAAAUGCUUUACAAGUUAUAAUAAUUUAAUUUUUAUGAAAGUUUGCUGCCAAAGACAAAUUUUAGAUUUCCUAUUAUCACUGUGGUCAGUGUUUACUUAGAUCUGAAAAGUUGGGAAAAAACUUUAUAAUAAAAUCCUAUUAAAUGA